UUGGAUUCGUCGCUUCGUUGAUGCUUGUCAAGCGCAGAAAUAAAUAUCGCGAAUUUAUUUUGCUGUUCAGAGCUGGGGAUUUUGUGUAGUUUCCGUAGUGUGUAGUGUCUGUGGCAAAUAGUAACGGAAUAUUGAAUUGCAGGAGUAUGACGGCUUGUCCGCGCAAGAUGCUGUCACGGUUUCAUCCGUAUCACGGCGUCAAUAUAAUUCUGUACGACGAAAACACUGUUGCAUUUCGCAAAGCAAGUUUCGCAAAUGCACUCACAUUUUCAGAGAAACCGCUGCUUCCCGGCGAGAUAUUUUUGCUGGAAAUUGAAAAGAACGAACGCGGCUGGUCCGGACACAUGCGGCUGGGAUUGACGCUGCUGGACCCGAUUACUGUAGCGAAUUCCAAGGAUGGACUUCCACAAUUUGCACUGCCGGAUCUGACAAAUAUGGGGACGAGCUGGGUUUAUCCGAUCACAAAGUUUGUAAAGAAUUCGUCGCCAGAUUAUAGCAGUCAGAAUAGCGAACCGCAGCCGCCUGGGUGCAGCAAGGGGACGAAAGGACGCAGUAGCACCAGUAAAUUGUGUUGUAGUACUAUUUUAGGUGAUGGUAUCAACGUUAAAACUUCUCGAGGGUUGAUACCUCGUAGCGCACUGAAACCUAUUGUCCAUGACGGUGAAGGAUCAGAGAUUCUUCUAACAGAUAAGGGCUCUCGCAUCGGAGUUGUGUUCGUUCCCACGCCACAUAAUCACGAUUUAGCUGAAAUGCAUUUCAUCAUAAACGGCGAGGAUCAAGGGCCGUGCGUUCGUGAUAUUCCCUAUAAACAGGGAGCACUCCAUGCCGUGGUCGAUGUUUACGGCACGACCAAGCAAGUGAAAAUCGUUCAACUUUACGGAGUAACAACAUUACAAAAUGCUUGCGGUGAUGCAAUCCUAUCACGGAUAAAUCGAUCACAAAUUGGACUCCUACCACUACCACAACGUUUAAAAAACUUCCUACUGCGAUACUAUGAAUGAAUGAAAACUGGGAGGCGAAAAUACCUUUCACAUUUUUGCUAUGCAUACAUAUUUUACAUUGAAUAUAUAGAUAAGCAAAACAGAGAGCAUAAAAAAGUAACACACAUACACAACCUUUUUUUGUCAGGAAAACUGCAGAAUUCUGUUUUUCUAUUCUGAUCAGUUGAAUCAGUUUUAUGGUGUAGUUGUUAGCAUAUACGUAUAAAUGUAUGGAAAUCAUAUUUAGGACCAUCUUGGGCUCUUAUUCCAGAGAAAUUAGGGAAGAGGAGGCCUUUUCCAAAUGAAUUCGUUUUUCGUGUCUGUAAUCUCAGUUUGCAUAGUUUAACUGCAAGCGACAAGUGACACGACUAUGAUUAUUUUGUAAAUUUUAUAAAGAAGAAAAAAGAAAAGAAAACAUUUUUAAUGGCAUAGAUGUUAAAUUAAAUCUUAUUUAUAAGCGAAA